UUGAAAAUCAUCAUAAUUUUUUUAAGAAAAAUAUAUGUUCUUUAUAUCAACAUUCACUCCCUAUUCGUUCUAAAUUCUGAAUAAUAAUAAACUCACAAAAAAAAGAUGAUGCAAGGAGGACCCUCCCCUUACUAUGGAGCGCCGCCUAUGUUUCCAGGAGGAAUGGGUGGGAAUAUCGGAAUGCCUAUUCAACCAUAUCCUGGUGGAAUGCAAACCAUGCAAACGAACUAUAUGCAAACGACUUCUAUGUUUCCGCCACCUUUGCCCGGAAUUAUGGGACCACCUUCCUAUAUGUCUGGAAUGCCUAUGAUGAAUAAUCCGCUUAUGUCCCAACCGGCUAUGUUUGCCAAAAGAGGUAGUAUAGACGCGGCACAAGCAGCAGUAUCAGAAACGAUCAAAGCCAAGCACGAUUUCCCUUUCAUGUCAAGAUGUACUUUGCUUAAUUUGUGCAUGGAUAUAUAUGAGAGUAUGAUCAAGCGGAAUAUUUAAAUAUUGCCCUCUUCAUCUAUAAAUCAUAAUUUAAAUACAACUUUAAAAUAAUACAUUUUGAUAUUAAUGGUUUUUUUCUCUUAAUUUUAUUGAAACAUAAUCUUUUAUGCUUUUAUUCAUAAUUUUACGUUUUUUUUAGAAAUAUGUAUUUUCUUUCAUAUUACAAAACAAAAUAUUCGUUACGAAAAUAAAUGAUAAUUUUUUAAAUUGCUAAUA